UGAUCAAAGUAGAAACGACCAGAACGGGGACGAUUGUUCCACAUGAAGGAAGGGCAGCACUCGGCACCGACAGAUUUAAAUGACAUUUAAAUCCGGUCAGUCAGAUUAUAGCAUUCUACUUGUAGUUUGGAAAUUGGAUAGCAUAGGAGCUCUUUUUGUCAAACUUCUGUUGCGCCUGCGUCUUGGAGGAGAAUGACUGCCGCCAUGGAGAAAUCCAAAAACUUUCGCAUUGACGCGCUCCUGGCGCACGACGCAGAGCGGAGGACGGACAGGAGCUGCGCGUCCCCGGAACUGUUUCACAACAGGAGCCCCGAUAACCGCCCGGCGUCGACCCGCGGCCCAGAGUCUCCCCCUCGCCAACCAAAUUAUGUAAACCCCUCUGCAGCCCAGCAAUCUGCCGUAUCCAAGCCUCACCUCUUCAACCUGUCUCAGUCAGGAUACGCCUCUCUGCAACAAGUCGGCCUUAUAGGAAUCCAUCCAGGAUCCAUGUAUCCGCUGGCGGGCCUCGGAGGCCAGCACCCUGCCUUGAUGUAUCCCGCCUUUGCGCAGCUGCUUCAGCCUUAUCCGGAGCACACGAAGGGGAGCAAUGUGGCCACAAUGCUUCCAGUGGAUCCUUGGAUCAGAGGAGGAAUGGUGAUGCCAAGAUUCGGAGAGUAUGUAGAACCAGGUCAGGAAGCCUUGUUGGGGAAGUGUCGAAGGCCCAGGACAGCUUUUACCAGUCAGCAGUUGCUGGAACUGGAAAAUCAGUUCAAGCUCAACAAGUACCUGUCCAGGCCCAAACGCUUUGAGGUGGCCACCUCACUCAUGCUGACGGAGACUCAGGUGAAGAUCUGGUUCCAGAACAGACGUAUGAAAUGGAAGAGAACCCGCAAAGCAAAAGAACAAGUCACUGCCACAUCUGUGACUGACAAUAUGUUGGACAUACAGAGUCUCAAACAUCACAUUUCCAUCAGAUCGAGCCUGGAAGAUGAAAAGGAAAGAGAAGCAGAGGAUGAGUUUGGAAUAGAGGAAAUGAAACAGCUGAGCGAAGCAUCUUUGGCCGCUGUCAACUUCACAAGAUACAGAGGGGAGGGGGCAGGGAGCUACACUUCUUACUCUGAGGAAGAGAUUGAGGAGGGUCUUCCAAGAGAAACAAGUGCAGCUUCUUCAUAGAAGUGUACUAACUAUAUAUUUAUUUUGUUUAAUAUUUAUUAAACUUUUUGUGACAAUAACAUAGUGGCUGGAAGAAAAUGUUUAUUUUGGCCAAGUGGCAGUUCCAACUUUUCAGCUGGACCAUCUGUCAAUAAAAUACAGAUGUUGUGCAGAGGUUGCUCCGUAACCCCCUUAUAAAAUAUCACUUUUCCCUCAGAGUUCAAAGACACGCAUGCUAGACUGUGGAUUUCAUAUGUCUCUUUGUAAGACUCAUAAACAACAAGUGACCUUCUGUACAGGAUAAUAAAGUAGAUACAAAAUAACAAAACAGUUAUUUCGCUUAAAUGAGAAACAUGACUUUUUUUCUUGCUUAAGAUUUUGGGCAAAGGGUCAAAAUGGAUUUGGAGAUAGAAACUGGUGAAGCAUAUGAGACUAAUUAGAAGCUCUUCUUGCCCUAUUACAAAGUAUUUACCUUGUAUUUCAAAAAUAUUUUAAACAGUUUAUCCCUUGGAAUUUAACAUUCAUUCAUUGAUUCAUUUGGUCAAUAU